CCUCACAAAUAUAUACUCUCUACAAAAAGGAAGAAAGUCUUGAAUAAGUAGUGAGCUUUAGUUAACAACAAUGGCAACUAAGCAUGUUUCAGGCCUUGUGUUCUUUGCCAUAUUCCUGCUUGCCUUCUCAGUGCUUUCUGCCACUGCUAUGGCUUCCAAUUUCGAUGUAGCACGUUAUGGUCCCGGAAGUUUGAGGCCCACACAGUGUUUGCCGCAAUGUACAAGGAGGUGCAGCCAGACACAGUACCACAAGCCAUGCAUGUUUUUCUGCCAGAAAUGCUGCAACAAAUGCCUUUGUGUGCCCCCUGGUUUCUAUGGCAACAAGGCGGUCUGCCCUUGCUACAAUAACUGGAAGACCCAGCAAGGAGGACCAAAGUGCCCUUGAUCUAGAUAUAAAAAAAUCACACCAUUUUACAUCUACUUAAUUUCAAUUACUUCACAAGUAAUCCAUUUUCAAGAUGUUUUAAGAAAUAGUAAUCCUAAAUAUUAAUAAGAUAUAGUCACUUACUCACUUUCUCUAUAUAAGAUCCAUAACCAUGUUUGCAUUUUAAAUGUGAUUUUGUUCACACAUUAAGGAACACUCUCUGUAUGUUACUAAUUAAUAUGAAUAAAUUACCCAUGUUGUAAUUGACAUGUUCCAUAAUUUUUAUGUUUUUACUGUUUAGUAUUUCUAUCUUUAAUGGUUAUCAUAUUAUCAUAUGUCUACUCAAUUCAAAGUGUAUUAUUGGGGCAUGAAAUUGUAAUCCACAAGAUAUAUGAAAGCGGCCUUGUUAAGAUUUUGUCCAAUUGUCCUUGAAUACUACGUAGAUCUUUCCUAGCUUGUAUUCUAC